AAAAAACUGACAUUACUAAGAAGUUUAUUUUUCCAUUGGAGAAAAUACUACCAAAAAGAGAAUAUUAGUUAAAACUUUUUUAUCACAAAAAGCUUAAUAAAUUGCGGAAACAUGCCGCCUGGUGGACCAUUAAAUUCCGACAGUGAUUUGGAGAGUGUAAUCUCUUUGCAAGUGGAAAAGCCGAAAUCCAGACGCAAUAGCGUUGCAGAAAGAUAUGUUUGUUCUUUUGAGGGAUGUAAACAAACAUUCAGGCGAUUGGAUCAUUUGGACAGACAUGAAUAUAAACAUACGGGAAUUAAAAAACAUGCGUGUCAUUUCGAAGGUUGCGAUAAAAUCUAUUCCAUCCUGACACAUCUAAAGAGGCACAUACGGACAACCCACGAACGAAAGACAGAUGUGCCGAAUAAAACAAUACCUUGCGAAGUGGAUACGUGUGACAAAAUGUUCACAAGUUUAACAAAUAUGCAUCGGCAUAUACGUGAAGUUCACGAGAAUCCCAAGGUGUAUAAAUGCCAAUUUUGCGACAUGAAAUUUAGUCAAAAACUAAAAAUGCGCCGCCACGAAAUAAGCAAACAUACCGGUAUAUAUCCCUACACUUGUGAGAAAUGCUCUAAAGGUUUCUAUCAGAAAUGGCAAUGGGAGAAACAUGAGGAAUCUUGUAAAAUAUAUCCUUGCUUAACAUGUCAUAAGAAAUUUGAAAAAUGGACAUUGUUUCAGAAACAUUGCAAGGAAACUCAGCAUUCUUGUAAAUAUUACAAAUGCGAAUACUGCGAGAGUGCCUAUGUGAAACCAAGCGAUUUGCAAAAACAUGUUGCCGCUAAACAUAUAUCCGAAGGUGAAGGCCAAACGGGUGAAUAUAAAUGUCAUUAUGAAGGAUGCGAUCGGAGUUAUGCCUAUGAACGGAAUUUACGUCAACAUAUUACCACCAGUCAUGAGGGAAAGAAGUUUGAAUGCACCAAAAUUGAUUGUGAUCGUGUGUUUAGCUCAUUACAAAAUCUUCAGAAACACAUACAAAGGGAUCAUGUAUUAAACAAGGGCAAGUUGGUGAAAACCAGGAAAAAGGAAGGCGUAAAUGUUAACCGCAAAAAACGAAAGGAUGCUGGCAUUCCAAAAAUCUCUAAUCUUGCAAAACUUGCUGGCAUUGAUGCCGAUAAUGAAUUAAACAAACGACUACAAAAUCGCGAAACGGAAGCAUUAGCUGAAGUAGCAGAACAGUUGACAAAAGACCAACAUGUGGAAGAUUCAUGCUCGGAAUUGGAUGUUAGUGGUGGAAAUCAAACAAAAGCGAAUGAGGCUAAUACUUUGGAAAAGGAAACAAGGACUCAAAUGGAUAUGGAUAUAGAAGUUAAACAAGUCGAAGGAAAAGAAAGUGAGAGUAUUCAAAAAACAAAAGGAAUUGAACCUAUAUUUUCGGAAAGGGAAACACAAUCAGUGAUAAUAGAGCAUUAUGUAGAACAGGGAGAUAAACAUGAAAAAAAUGAUGAAUUAAAUAAUUUUCUCCAAUCCACUUUAGAUGUAGCAUUGAAUUGAAAAUGUGUACCUAAAUUUAUGCUUGUGUAUGCUUUUUUCAUGUAGUUAAAUUCUACUUUAAGUUUUUUGAAUGCGUGGAUUAUGAAUUAAACCUACCUAUUUUAGUUCCUUUUCGUUUUGAAUAAAAAGUCAAGCAUUUUUG